AUAUUUUGUGCUUCUGCCCCUUUGAAUCUUGAGUGGCGCUCAAGACACUUAAAAUCGCACUUGGGAUCCAAAAUAUUUACUUAUUCAAUGUAUACUAUUUAAUUACGACCUUGAUAUACGUGUUCAUAAAUCGGGAUUGCACUAUCAGCUUUAUUUUCGCUCAAAUACUCUUCGAGGCUGCAACAGAAAUCUGACUUAAAAAAUGGAGGCCCUUUCUCAGAGCUUGCAGCCCUAUAAAGAGUUAGUGGGUUCAGUGGCCAGUUAUGUGACAAUAGCGCAGUUUUUUUCUGGCGCUUUUGUCUGCAAGGAUAUUUACAAGAAAGGAUCCACACAAGGAUGUAGUCCCAUGCCGUUUAUCGGAGGUGUUACUAUCGCUAUUUUGAUGUUAAAAUAUGGUUUGCUUGUAAAUGAUUCUGCAAUGAUAACAGUGAAUGUUGCUGCGAUAUUUCUAAAUUCCAUAUAUUCGCUCUUUUUCUACAAAUAUGCGGCUGAUAAGUAUGAGGAGGUGCUUAAACCGGUCGCUUAUGGAGUGGCAACGUUGGCAGUUUUCCUCGGAUAUGCACAACUGGAAAAUCCGGAAAACCUGGAGUACCGAUUUGGGCUAGUUUUGACCCUGUUAAUGCUUGCUUUGAUUGGGGCUCCAUUGCUAGAUGUGAAAAACAUGAUUGCAAAUCAGGAUGCGUCUUCCAUUCCUUUGCCCAUUACUCUAAUGGGAGCCAUUGUAACAUUCCUCUGGUUAAUCUAUGGAAUUAUUUUGCUCAAUGUGUUCAUGAUUAUCCAAAACUGUAUCGGCUUUAUUUUGUGCAUAGUGCAACUCGGGUUGCUGUUCAAAUACCCUGGACGCAUUUCCUCUAGUGGCGGUCAAAGUAAGAAGACGGAACCCGCUAAAAAAGAGCAAUAGCCUUAGUUUGGGUGGUCUUUUUACAUUUCCUUUUCAUUCCAGGUUAACGAAACCCUUAUCGAAGACAUAUAGAUUAUAACAUAUUUUUUAAUGUGCAAGAUGACUUUAAAUUUUCAGUUCUCUUGUUGGAUCUUUGUUAAAAGUCCAGCAACAAGUGGAGUAGCUAAAAUGUGCCUAGAGACAAAUUUUAUAUUUGAUGAAUAUAUUUAUGAUUGUUAAAAAAACUAUCGAGCUGCGUACAUUUCCAAUGUAUUUGCUUAUAUUUUUAAUAUAAUGUAUGUUAAAUAUUCAGCAAGAGUCACUUUCUUUAGCCCCUUGGUUGCAUCCGAUAAAAAGGCAAGUUACAAGUUUAUAUUUUCGGGAUUUUUAUACAUUCGGCUGUUGUCUGCGAUUCAAAGCCAGCUAAUUGCAGGUGAAACCUAAACAAUGAACCCGCAUUUGUCAUUGUUUCCAUGAUUCACAAAAGACGUUUUUGACAAAAAAAAUCGCUUCAAAAUUACUGUAAAAAUGCUGCGGCCUCCGUACAACUCCAAGUACCCCCAAAAAGUGUUAAUUCCCCCGGGAACAUUCACUACAGAUGAAAACACCAUCCUGGAUGUUCCUGGCGAGGAUGAAGAAGUGUUUGUUGCGAGCAAACCGAGAGGCCAGCGUCCUGCUGUUACAUCAAAAGUUAGGUCUGCGUCAUCAACUCACUCUCGCUCAGUCCCUGAGCGGCCUCAUACUCAACACUCUUUAGUUUCAGUUGGGCCAGAACCAGCUGAGCUGGAGACGAGGGAGCAAGAAAAUUUCGAGGAAGAUUUGCUAAACUUUCAAACGGCCAGAAGAAAACUAUUUUACGAUGUCCUCACCUUGCAGGUAACUAAGUUAAAAAAAGGCGUCAAACCUCACUUGGCCAAGAAAUAAAGCAGAAGGUGCUACGCAAAUGUUGCUUCAAUGUACUAAAUAUAAAGCUCUUUCAUCUGUUCAUUCGCAAAAAUAAAAUAAUUUAAGGAAA